AUGACUGCAGGGCCCGAUGGUCUGCAGUGUGAAGCUGAUCACACAGGGCCCGAUGGUCUGCAGUGUGAAGCUGAUCACACAGGGCCCGAUGGUCUGCAGUGUGAAGCUGAUCACACAGGCCCCGAUGGUUUGCAGUGUGAAGCUGAUCACACAGGGCCCGAUGGUCUGCAGUGUGAAGCUGAUCACACAGGGCCCGAUGGUCUGCAGUGUGAAGCUGAUCACACAGGGCCCGAUGGUCUGCAGUGUGAAGCUGAUCACACAGGCCCCGAUGGUCUGCAGUGUGAAGCUGAUCACACAGGGCCCGAUGGUCUGCAGUGUGAAGCUGAUCACACAGGGCCCGAUGGUCUGCAGUGUGAAGCUGAUCACACAGGGCCCGAUGAAUGUGGCCAGGAAAAGAUGGCCACCGUUCAACAGUUCAGGAACGGUAUCCAGAUUUUGCAAGUUAAUAUAAAGCCGUUGUGA